AUGGAGUCGCAUAACCUGCAGGCAGCUUCGACCUAUGUCAACAAUAUCCUGUUGGCAAGGGGCCUGCUAAAAGGUGGUCGCGCCAUCGAUUUUGCCGACCCAGAAAACGAAGAAGGAGGGACAGACGGCACCAUGGCUCGUGUGAUUAACUUGGUCAACGAUUUAGUAUUGAGACGAGAUCGCGAGUCCGAGCACCGCGAGAGUUUAUCUACGACUAUUCGCACACUGCAAGCCAACGAGGUGGAGCAAACCACGGAGAUCGGGAAAUUGAAAACGAAGACAUCCGAGUUGAGCCGCUCGCUAGCUCUGGCAGAGGCGCAGGAGCGCACAUUCAAGUCGAACAUGUCCAACGCCGAAGCGAGCAUCCGAACUUUCAAGGACCAAGUCCAGCGCAUGAAGAGUACUGUCCAACAGGUCCGAGCACAAUGCGCCAACGAUAUUCGCAAGCGGGAUCUGGAAAUGCAGAAGCUCAAGUCGCAUCUGGCUGAGAGACAACGAGGCAAGCGCGAGGGUCUGAGUGUGACUACUAUCAAUAUCAACCCUGCGUCAGAUCGAUCGCGUCUUCUGGCUAGCGGCGGAGAACGAGUACAUGAGCCUGGAUAUAGCUUGAAGCAGGAGACGACCGACUUCUUAACUGAGUUAUGUCAGCAUCUCAGUGAUGAAAACGAUACCCUGAUUGAGCUUGCUCGAACCACUGUUCGUACUUUGAAGGACCUACAAGGCUUAACACAAGCUGAGGAUUGGAAUGGUGAGAAUGAGCAGUCGGGUAUGGCUAUGAGCAUGGGAGCUCAGAAGUCUUCUUCAGGGCCUAUUACUUCGCUACCAACCUCGUGUGAAGAACUAUCCGUUCAGAUGGAAGCAGUGCUAGAGCAUCUACGAACACUGCUUACCAAUCCCUCAUUCGUGCCUCUUGAGGAGGUUGAGGUGAGAGACGAGGAGAUCAAAAGACUGCGGGAAGGCUGGGUGAAGAUGGAAUCCCGAUGGAAGCAAGCAGUUACCAUGAUGGGUGGGUGGCAGAGUCGUCUUGCAGACGGAGGUGAUUCUAUCCAAGCGGAGGAAUUGAAGCGCGGCAUGAAUCUUGAUCUUAGUAUUAACUCAACUGAGGACAUGAGCACACAAAGGUUGCCAGAGUCCAAUCCCAUCCCGACAAUCCUGGAAGACCAAAAUGAGGAGGAAGAUAUGAGUGGAUCUGAAGAGAAAGCACAAAAUCCCGAGAUGCUGAAUCCCCCGAAGAUGAGGUCCAAGGUUCGCAAAGUACCCGAGCGACCCGAUCGCGUUCUGAGGGAACGCAGUGAAAACACCAUGACAAAGCGCCCCCGGAAGGUUUCAUUCACUCCAGGCUUACAAGGCUCACCAUGUGUGGACAAUACCGAUGAUGAGACCCUCAAAAUCAAAGCCUAUAAAACCGAAACUGUGACCCGCAGGCCAACCAGGCGAAAGACCGAAACAAAGGAACCUAAUCAGCUCAAACCCAAUGAAUCACUAAGCGUGCACCAAAAGCUCGCCGCCGUCGAAGACGAGGCCCGCGCAGCUCAAAAUGAGCAGAAGGAGCGCGAAUCACGAAAGAGAAGUCGACCCGAAAAGGCAUCCAAGCCGGCAAAUCGGCGUCGGAGUACCCUCACCACUGAUGAGCUCGACGAUCUGAUGGGCGUGACCCGGUGA